AUGUCUUUGACAAGAAGCAAGGGAGCCGCGACAGCCAUGAAAGUCGAGAUCGAAGCUAUCCUUAAGUCCGAAGAAUUCCAACAGCUUUUACAAAGUACUAUACAAGUGGCAGUAAGUGCAGCAUUGGUCAGCAUGGUUGAACCGAUUAAUGAAAAGAUUUCUGUUUUAGAGGAAAAGGUGGCAACUUUAGAGUCUCAUCUAACUCGUGCAUUAAGCAUGGCGAAUAACAACGAGCAAUAUUCUCGCCGCCAUAAUGUUCGUAUUUUGGGCUUUGUCGAGGAGAAAGGCGAGAAUUGUGUCAAGAAAAUUUUAAAUUUUUUCAAUGAGAAACUCGGUGUUGCCAUUACUGACGAGAAUAUCGAUAGGGCUCAUCGAGUCAGUAAACCUAAUGAUAACAAGCCGGGCGCAAUAAUUGUACGGUUCAAGGCACACAAGGACAAAAUUGCAAUUCUUAGGAAAGGAAAAGAUUUAUUCCAUUCGAAAUCCAACUUUUAUGUGAACAAAGACCUUACAAAAAUCAAUCAGAAACUUCUCUAUUCUGCAAGGAAAGAAUGUUUAAAUGCAGCAUCUGCCUGGACAACUGACAGCAAAAUUUUUGUUAAAAGAAUUUCUGACGCCAAAAUUUUUAUAAUCAAAGCAACUGCGGACUUUACAACAUAUGAACUGCUUUAA